AGUUUUUUUUUUCUCCUUGCAUAGAGCUGCCUCUCCUUUUUCUCACUCUGGAGACACCUUCUCAUCUGAAAAGCGGCUGCUGUUGCUCCACUUCUGAGCGACUUCAUGUCCGCUCCGCACAGCCGGAGCAGCAGGAGCAGCUCCCCCCCUACUUCUCCUGCACGGUUCUCCUCCCCCGCUGCUAUGUCAAAAGAUUAACAGACCCCCACACUGCGGGGAGGCGACAGACUCGCACAUUCGGAUUUUCUGCACAGGAAAAAAACAGGGGAAAAAAGGAGCAGAGAACUGAGUGGAAACGGGAAGGAGGCAUCUGCGCUAUAGCAACGAGAUGAGGUGGAAAUGUUCAACUAUGAGGGUCAACACCUUCUUAGUGCUUCUCCAUGAAGCUUCCCCCGAAGCCUGAGAGCGACCAAAACCCCGGACAGUGACACUUUUAUCGGUUCAUCAUCGACGUUAAAGGAGUAGGAGGGGGGGGGGGGACUUUAUUGGCCAUCCGGCCGCGCUUCUAAAUCAAGUCAGGACGAUUGAGUGCAACACGAAUGGUUUGGGCAUGGUGCCCACGCCCCAGGUGUGCGUAUCAACCCUGGUCACGGUGAGCACGAUGGCGGUGGUGGACCUCUAUCUGCUGGAGCAGAGCAUGCUGGGAUCCCGGGGUGCGUCUGGACCCAGCGUGUGGCAGUAUGCGGCGGUGCUGCUAGGUGACGUCUGCUUCCUGCUUGCCCUGCGCUUUGUAUCAGCAGGCGUGGUUUCUGAGGCACAGUCGUCACGCCGCGGUUUUGCCAACGCCCUCUGGUUCCUGUUCCUGUCUAUGCUGCAGUUGAAGCUCUUCUUCGUCUGCCACAACUACAGGCAGGAGCGGCGGCCGCCCGACCCGCUGGCCAGGAAGACCCUGACGUUGCUGCUGUCCAUCUGCCUGCCCUCACUGUUUCUUAUACUGACUGGAGCUGAUCACAUGACUCCACAGCGCCGGAAGCAGGAGGUGCGGAGCCGGCUGCUGUGGGUUGUUGUGGACCUCCUGGAUGUGCUGGACCUGCAGGCGGGGCUGUGGGAAGCCCAGGCUGGGUCUGGAGGAGUUGUUGAGCAGAGGUUACCAAUCUGGGCAGAGGGCCUGGUGUUCUUCUACUGCUAUGCGCUCUUGCUGCUGCUUCCCUGUGUGGCCCUAACAGAGCUGGGGGCCACCAGCUUGCCAGGACAGAGGGGGCCCCGUAGGGAGGCUCUGUACCCCUGGCUCAGCUUGAUCACCAUUAACAUCUUCACCCUGGCUCUUAGGGGAACAGGCAUGCUGUGGUACAGAGACUCCCGAGUUUCGACUGUGUUUCUGGGGAAAAACGUGCUGGCUUUGGCUGUAAAGCUGAGCUCAGCCUGGGAGAGACACAAACAGGAGCGCAGUGCCACAGGAGCUGGGACCAUAGCUGGAGCAGAACCAGAAGCCUCCACCAUGCCAAGGCAGAACUUGGAGCAGGACGAGGGACAGAGCCAGGGGAAAGCUCCUCCUGCUCAUUUUCACACACUAACUCGCUCCCAAAGCCACACUCUCUCCCAGGUCAGCCUGGAACCCACAGCAACACCCUUGGGACCCCCUUUUAUUUCCCAUGAACUGUAGAGAAUCACUUCUAAAAUGCAUGCAUGCAAAUACCGUAUGUGUGCUCACACAAAUUUCAGAAACUCAAGUAGACUGAAGUGGUAUCACCUCCCAGCAGCGGGCAGAACGUGGAGCUGUGGAAAUGCGUUUGGCAUGCUCGUCUGUUCGUGCAUUAUAUCUGGCUGGGAGCAACUUGAAAUGCAUUGUUGUGAUUUGUGGGAGUGCGUUUUCAGAGUCAACACUGUGAGCAGCACUGCCACACUGUAAAGUGUAUCGUAGAGAUGUUGAAGCCUAGUGAGUAUUCUCUGUUGUAUAAUGGAGGCUUAACUGCCUAACCUCUCUCGGUUUGCUGUUGUUUAAAAUCCUCUCUCCUCUGACAAAUAUAUUUUUAGACUUAUCUCUACUUCUUGUUAAAUAUCCAUUAAUAUCCAAGUUCAAUUGUAUGGUUCUUUGGACGAACUGGAUAAUUAGAUACCAAAAUCUGCGCUGUGACCUUUCAGUACACAUUUUCUGUCAUUACACGUUAGAAAGGUUUAACACAGGGAGGUGAGGUCUCAUUUUUCUUUUCCUUCUGUACCAAAGAGCCAACAAUUAACAUCUGUAUGAGGAGAAGCUCUGCUGUACUCGUCCACACUGUGCUUGAAUGGUUGUUUUUUUUUUCAGUAAAUUUUAUACUGGAGAUUUUAGUCCAGGUAAUGUUUCCCUUUUGAGAUUAUUUACAGCUCAUAAAAAAGAUUUAUAAUUUUUGGGUAAGGAGAAAAUUGAAAGAUUAUUUGAAAAAAAAAAAAAGUCAAACUACUGGGAAAGUAAGUUAAGGGUUUUGUGGA